AUGGAUGAUACUAUCUUCAUUUCUCAAAGCAAGUAUGUUAAUAAUAUAGUGAAGAAGUUUGGCCAAGAAAAUGCUAGUCAGAAAAGGACACCUACAUCAACACACUUGAAAUUAACUAAAGAUGAAAAAGGUGUUGAUGUGGAUCAAAGUCUGUACAGGAGUAUGAUUGGUAGUAUUUUGUAUCUCACAACUAGCAGAUCAGACAUCACUUUUGCUGUAGGAGUAUGUGCUAGAUAUCAGGCUGAGCCUAAAAUUAGUCACAUUACUCAAGUGAAGAGGAUAUUUAAAUACAUCAAUCGUACUAGUGAGUAUGGCAUGAUGUAUUCUUAUAACACUAAUUCCAUGCUUGUAGGGUAUUGUAAUGCUGACUGGGAAGGUAGUGCUGAUGAUAGAAAAAUCACUUAUGGAGGAUGUUUCUUCUUGGGAAACAAUCCUAUCUCUUGGUUCAACAACAAGCAAAACUGUGUGUCCUUGUCUACAACUGAGGCUGAGUACAUUGCAGCAGGAAAUGAUCUAGAUUCUGAUGAUGAGCCUAUAGGGAAGAAAUUGGCCCCUGGUAUUGCUAAAAGAUUAAAGAAUAGGAAAGGGAAGGUUAUUGUGUCUACAACCAAGCUUUCUAACGCAUCCAAGAAAAGUGUUGGUGUUGGACCUGCAAAAGAAUGGAGCAAAGUUGUGACUCCUGCUACCAAGAAAAGGUCUAUGAAAAGGAAGGAAAUGCCCUAA